CCUUCGCACGUCCUGUCUUAAAAAAAGGCCGCCAGGCCGCCAGAGGCUUUUCUUUUUUGGCGUUUAUAUAAGAAGCAGCAAGUAAAUAAAUGAUGUGUGAAAGGAAGCAGGCUACCUCCGAGACCAGAAACGAAUACGUGACACCCAGCGGUUAUGAACUGGAUAAAAUCCUCAACCGUGGCUGCCCGGCCUACACCCCCUGCAGCGAGGUGUGGCCUCAGGUCUACAUCGGUGACGAGGACUCGGCAAAGAAUAAGAUGAAGCUGAAGAGCCUGGGAAUUACGCAUGUCUUGAACGCAGCAGAGGGCACGUGGAACAACGUGGACACGGGAGCCGGUUACUAUAGCGACAUGGGCGUGGUCUACCACGGUGUGCUGGCGGCAGACACUCCGACUUUCGACCUAAGCCAGUAUUUUUUCUCUGCAGCACAGUUCAUUCAAGAGGCCCUAAGCGACCCCCGCAACAAACUGCUAGUUCACUGCGUGAUGGGGAGGAGUCGCUCGGCCACGUUGUUCCUCGCCUACCUGAUGAUCUUCCAGGAUAUGACGCUGGUGGACGCCAUGGAGCAUGUAAAGACGCGCAGGAGGAUCAUGCCCAACUGGGGCUUUCUGAAGCAGCUGAGGGCGCUGGAUGAGCUCCUCCUGCAACGACGGAAAGAAGAGAGUCAGCAAAUAGAAAAAAAAUGAGCAACAAGAGAUGAGCUAAAGGAUACCUGGAUUCCAAAUGUGAUUCUCGUCUCAUUCUGAAUCUUCAGGGUAAAAUUAUGAAAGACGUUACAUGCAUGUAAAACCUUAUGCAAAACAGCGACUUUGGACUACAUUUUUUUUAUUAUUCUAUCAGCAUUUAGUUUUGAAAUUUAGAGUACAAACAAGCACUUGAAUAUUUGGACAGAAAUCAGUCUGCUUUAUUAAACAGAAAGCUGCCUGAAGGAGAUCUGUUACAAAAAGACUUCAGAAUUAUACAUACAUAUAGCGAUAAAUCCUCUCAAAGCGCAACAGAAAACAGGACUAAAGUUUACAUAUGUUGUGGGGUUUUUUUUUUGUACAU